AUGAGGAGCUUGGUGUUGCAGGUGAUGGAACCGGGUGGCUGGCGAUCCCUUUUCUACUCUGUGGUCUACGCUACUAGCCUCAGUGUCCUGCAGAGCGUACGGAAUAAGUUCCACGCGACGGUUUGCGCUGCAGUGACGGCGGCAGAUGGGCGGGCCUGGUGUGCAUGUGACGCGCGGGUAGCCUGGGCAGUGGUGAGUGCUCUGCCGAAGGGUGCGGUGGUGCAAUGGCAGUUCGCCACUUCUCGACGCCCCCUCCACCUCCACGUGAUGGUGUCUGCUGUUGCCGCAGACGAAAUUCCCCCGCCUGCCCAUCCUGGUUGUUGUCGUUUUGUGCUUUUUAAGUGCGGUGCUGUCGUUCCACCUCACCUAGGGCUGCCCAUCGUACCCGUAGUGCGGUUUUUGGAGGAAUCGGUGAACUAUGGAGUCUCGAGACGCUACAAUUAUGUUUACUUUCGCUAUCAGGAAGUAGCGGAGAUUUACAAAAACUGGAUUAAGAAGCUAGAUAUCGAUAAACACUAUCCUCAGUUGCCUGAGGCCAGUAACCUCGCGCCUCUUGUUCCUCACAACGAAUGUCUUCGAAAGCUAGUUGAACUUGGUGCUGACCUUUCCCGAAUGGAGUCGGAACCGGGAGUAGCCAAUCUUCUAGUUAAAACUGAUUUCAACACCGCUAUUGCUCCCAAACUUUGGCUUCUCUGCAAUUUUGGAUUCGAGCUACCCCAUGUGUCUCGUAUCAUGACUCGCGUUCCCAAGUCAAUAAUCAAGUUGUCGGUUGAAGAGAUUGCAUCUCGACUAAAGUAUUUUUCAGAUCGUGGAUUCAGCUCAAAUGAUGUUAUUCGUAACCGCGUCCUCUCCACCAAUGCCUUUCACCUGCACCGACGUCUCCAGCUUCCCUUCGACCAAAUCGCCCUCUGUCCUCGCGCACUCUGCGCACCCCCGCGCAUCCUCGCGGAACGCACUAACUUCCUCAAGCUCUCUCACCGCUUCCAACCCGACAGAACUAAGCCUCUCUACACACCGUUGGAUGCCAUCGUCGAGGGCACUGAUGGGGAAUUUUGUCAGCGAUUUGCCGAAGGCAAGGAAGACCUUUUCAAUGAUUACCUACGGACAAUAUAA